AUGGAUGACCUCUCGGGACUGAACUGGUCGUCAUCGGCCAACCAGCCGAACAACAAGCCCCCGCCCAUGAACCCCUCGGGCGCCAACUACUUUGGUUCAGUGCGGCCGACCAAUUCGACACCAUCUCCAUUCCCCUCCGGUCGCAAUACGCCGUUGUCUGCCCAGGGCUCUGGACACCUUGCGGCAAACCCCCCGGCUGCGAAGCCUGCCGCCGACAGCUUCAGCAACCUCCUCAGCUUCGGCGCCGGCGCUGCGGCAAAACCCACAUCGAAGCUCACUCUGCUGGAGCAGCAGCAACGCCUGGAGGCGGAGAAGAAGAAGAAGGAGGAAGAGAAGAGAAAACAAGCGCAGGCGCAGUUUGGCGGUGGCUUCUUGGACACUCUCGGAUCGGGCUCCGUAUCGCGGACUGCGUCUCCGGGUGUCUUGUCCCCCGGUUCUUCUACCGGCAAGAAGGCCAGUGACGACGACGACCUCUUCGCCGCGUUCAACUCCGAUACAAAAGUCGACAACGCAAGCUUCUACCCACCGCCGCCCCAGAAGAGCCCUGUGCCUGCGAGUACGCCUGGCCUGGACCUCAGCAACCCGAGCGCGUGGAGCCAGCAGCCCGGCCCCGCCAACAGUGGUGGAUUCGGGGAUGAUGAUGAUCCGUUUGGUCUGAACCAGCUGAAGCCCAAGACUGCGUCUCCGGCACCGCCUCCGCCGACCAACGACGAUGACGACUUUCUCGGUGACUUGGCCCGCCCUGUCGAGGAGGUCAGGCGCAAACAACCUACCCCAGUACAGCCCCUCCAGCGGCCCGAGCCCGGGAAGCCGAUCGAGGCGUCCGACUCCAGCUCCGAAGACGAGGGGCCGGCCCCCAGGGGCGAGAUGGCCGAGUUCGACCGCGCUGUUGCCCAGCUUGUCGACUACGGUUUCACCCCCGAGAACGCUCGACGUGGCUUGACAGAGAGCGGGGCGGGUCUGAACGUGCAAGCGGCUGCCAACUGGCUUCUGGAUGAUGCGCAUCGGCAAGCCAAGGCAAAGGCACAAGGCAAGAAUCCCGCUACUGCUACGCAGAGACGAGGACGGGAAGACGGUAGCAGUUACGACAGCCAGCGGAGAGCGGACACGAGAUCCCCAGCAAGCGGCGACCCGGACCUCUCAAAGACCGCGGCCGCCGUCGGCAAUAGCCUCUUCAAGACUGCCAACUCUCUAUGGAAGACGGGCAAGAAGCAGGUCCAGCAGGCAGUCGCAGAAUUCAACCAGCCGGAGGGGGAUCCCAACCAGCCCAAGUGGAUGCGCUCGGCUCAGCUCGACCGGGCCCAGCCCGAGAGGAGGGCGGCAGAAGCGACGGACGAGGCCUUGAUGCUGGAGUCUGGAGGUCGGCCGCCAAGGAAGGCGGGACAGUCGUCGCAGUCACGGCGACCAGAUCCGCCACGGAGGACGGCAUCGCGGGACCAACCGCAUACCGUGCCGGGCCCUUCCAGCGGCAGGGGAACUCCAGUGCCGAAAUGGCAGCAACAGGGCGGCCCAGCACUGCCAGACUCGAAGACUCGCGCAACCAAGCUGGCGAUGACGGAUGACAAUGCCGUGUCCUAUGUAAGCCCUCACAGAAGAAAGAAGGCCACCCCCCAGCCGGAAGCGCCACCGCCGCAGCAGGACGAGCCCGACCUGCUCUUCGGCUCUUCUCAAACCCCCAUGCCGGCUCAGUCACUCCCGCAGCGUCCACCCCAGCCCUCACAGCCGUCUCGGCCUGCCCAGCCCGCUGCUAGGCGCCCUUCCCCGCCGACACCCAAACCGGCACCUCGCCCUGCUCGUCAAAUCCCUCCAAUCACACCGGCAGCGAUACAGCAAUCUACAAAACACCGUCUCGAGGGUACCGCCCAAUUCAAGCGGGGAGACUACGGCGCCGCCCACUCGUCCUAUUCGUCUUCUCUUGCCGCCGUGCCGCCAUCACACCCGCUCGCCAUCGUCAUUCUUACGAACCGCGCGCUGACGGCCCUUAAGACCGGAGAGCCCAAGCAGGCGGUCGAGGACGCCGAUGCCGCGCUAACGAUCAUUGGCCCGACGGGCGGCCAGGACGAGCAGGUGACCGUCGUGGGCGACAACGGCGGUGAAGAACGCCGCGACAUGCGGGACCUGUACGGCAAGGCGCUGAGCCGCAAGGCCGAGGCGCUCGAACAGAUGGAGCGCUGGGGCGACGCGCACGCCGUGUGGUCGACGUGCGUGAAGAACGGCGUGGGCGGCCCCACGGCCAUCUCCGGCCGUCAGCGCUGCCAGAAUGCACUUGCGCCGAAGCCGAAGCCGAAGCCCAGACGCGCCGCCGCCGCUUCUGCUCCUCGAUCGAAGCCGGCUGCGGCGACGCCGGCGAAGAACUCCGAGGCUGUCGAGCGCCUGCGCAAGCAGAACCAGGCGGCGGCGCAGGAGGACGAUGAGAAGUUUGCGCUGUCGGAGAAGGUGGACGCGCGAAUCGCGGCCUGGCGGGACGGCAAGCGGGACAACCUGCGGGCCCUGAUCGGCAGCCUGGACCAGGUUCUCUGGGAGGGCAGCGGGUGGAAGAAGGUCGGGUUGCACGAGCUUGUGAUGGCCAACAAGGUCAAGAUCCACUACAUGAAGGCCAUUGCCAAGUGCCACCCGGACAAGCUUCCCCAAGACGCCAGCACGGAGGUGAGGCUCAUCGCGGCGACCGUCUUUGCGACGCUGAACGAGAGCUGGGACAAGUUCAAGGCGGAGAACGGGCUGUAA